GCUUUUCGCCUUUGCUUGGGGACGUUCUCGGCUGGUUCCGGUCAGCGGCGUGCUGCGUCCUUGGCUCCCGCAAUGCCUGUUAAAAGAUCACUGAAGUUGGAAGCACAUUCAUCUACUCCUUCAAGAAUCACAAGGACAGCGAACUACUCGCCAACAACUGGAACUUGUCAGAUGAGCCCGUUUACUUCUCCCACAAGCGCUAAAGAAGAGCACAGAAAUGAGCCAUCGAAUGGAAAGAGAAGAAGGUUCAGUCACCUCAAUUUGAUGGAAAGAAAGGAAUCUACACCACAAGAUAAUGAUGAAUUCAUGACGAUACUAUCUAAAGUUGAGAAGUCAUCAGACAGAGUCAUGGAGAUAAUGCAGAAUUUAAACAGUAUACAGGCUUUAAAAGGCAACAGAGAGCUCGAAAAUCUCAUUGGUAUCUCCUUUACAUGCUGUUCUUUAAAAAAAGAAAUGGAAAAAACCAAAGAACUAAUGACAAAAGUAAUGAAACAAAAACUCUUUGAAAAGAAGAACACAGGACUUCCUCACAAAGAAUUACAGCAUCUGGACAGCUAUGAAUUUCUUAAGGCUGCUUUAAACUGAGGCUCUGAGAAGAAAUGCCCUUACUAUGAGCCCCAAUUUUUGCAUCUGCCUGAUCAUAUUUAAAGGAACAGAAGAGAUGUUUGUAAUUAAUCUGCCCAGUAAAUACCAGAUCACAGCAUGAGGCAGGUGCAAGUCUAGAUAAAAUUUCUUGCAGCUAAUUUAAGCUUUCUACACACACCACUAGGUAAUCUCAAUGUAAAUGAUUUAUUUCUUUGUGAUCCUUUAAUGUAAGCCACCAUGUAGAGAAUGAUCUUGGCAUAACUUUGUAUCAUACAUGUUUCUGUAUACUUUUGAUAUUUUUAUACAUUGAAUAAAGCACAUGU